AUGGCGGCCGCUAGCACAGAUCUGAUCAACUCACCACCCACCGCCACCGAUGAUGAAAAUACCUCCGGCACUGCCGUAUUGUCGGUUUUUGAUAUCGCCAGUAAAUUGGAAUCAUCUUUGCAAGAUUUGCUUACUAAGGUAGAAAGCUCCGAUAAAGAGCUUCAAGAUAAAGUCGAAAGUCUCACCAAAAAAUUAGACAGGUCAGAAGCUCUACGAAAUCAGGGAGACAAAAGUGGUAGUGCAUGCUCUAUUUCACUGUGA